UGAGGUGACCCAGUUCGGCUGCGGGAGGGGCUCGCGGUGAGGCCUCAAGCGCCCGGGGCGCGGAGGGGACAUUGGAGCCUCGAGCCUGUGUGUGCGUGAGCCGCGGAGCACGGGGCUGCGGGGGCUCGUCUGUGACGGCGUCACUGUGGAGUUAGUCCGCGCGUGUCAGUGAGAGGGAGAAACAGUUUCUGCCAGAGAAGGCUCCUGAAGUGGAGGAGAGCAUUGCCACUUACAUAAUGGCCCGUUCAAGUUUUGAUGGGGACCCUGCCUGCGGAGCUCCUCAUGCCAUGAUGCCAGAAGUGGAAUUCCCUGACCAAUUCUUGACAGUUCUAACCAUGGACCAUGAAUUGUUGACAUUCAGGGAUGUGGUCAUCAACUUCUCUCAGGAGGAGUGGGACUAUCUGGAUUCUGCUCAGAGGGACUUGUACUGGGAUGUGAUGAUGGAGAACUACAGCAACUUGGUUUCACUUGAUUUGGAGUCCAAAUAUGACACAAAGAAUUUAUCUAUAGAGAAGGACAUUACUGAAAACAACAGUUCUCAGUGGAAAGUAACAGAAGGUAGUAAAUUCCUUGGUUUUGAGAGCUCCUUUUUUAGAAAUGACUGGCAAAGCAAAAGCAAGACUGAAGUACAAAGACCUGAAGUGGGAUCCUUCAGUCAAAUGACAAUCAUCUCUGAAAAAUUUCCCAAUUACAAAAAUCAUGAAUCUCUUACAUUACAUCAGAGAAUUCAUGAAAGCAAGAAGCCCUAUCAAUAUAAAGAAUAUGGGAAGGUCUUCAGUUGUGACUUAAACUUUGAUGAAUAUGACAGAAUACAUACUGGUGAGAAAACCUAUGAAUGUAAUAGAUAUUGGAAAACCUUUGGAGUAGAUGACCCAUGUACCCUACCACUGAAUAUUCAUACUGGUAUAAAACCUGGUAAAUAUAUGGAAUAUGAGGAUGCAUUUAGUUUUUAUGAAGACCUUAGUGUACAUCAGAAAAUUCAUGAUGAUCAGAAGUGCUAUAAAUGUAAGGAAUACGGAAGAACCUUCAGAAGAGUUGAAGCAAUUACUCCACUUCAAAGAAUGCAUGAUGGUGAGAAACCCUAUGAAUGCACUUUCUGUGGGAAAUCCUUUAGAGUGCAUGCACAACUUACUCGACAUCAGAAAAUCCAUACAGAUGAGAAACCUUAUAGAUGUAUGGAAUGUGGCAAGGACUUUAGAUUUCAUUCACAGUUAACUGAACACCAGAGAAUUCACACUGGUGAAAAACCGUACAAAUGUAUACAAUGUGAGAAGGUCUUUAGAAUUAGUUCACAGCUUAUUGAACAUCAGAGAAUUCAUACUGGUGAGAAACCUUAUGCAUGUAAAGAAUGUGGGAAGACUUUUGGAGUCUGUAGAGAACUUGCUCGACAUCAGAGAAUUCAUACUGGUAAGAAACCCUAUGAAUGCAAGGCAUGUGGAAAGGUCUUUAGAAAUAGUUCAUCUCUGACUAGACACCAGAGAAUUCAUACUGGUGAGAAACCCUAUAAAUGUAAGGAAUGUGGGAAAGCUUUUGGAGUAGGUAGUGAACUUACUCGACAUCAGAGAAUUCACAGUGGUCAGAAACCUUAUGAAUGUAAAGAGUGUGGAAAGUUCUUUAGACUUACUUCAGCCCUUAUUCAACAUCAGAGAAUUCAUAGUGGUGAGAAGCCUUAUGAAUGUAAGGUAUGUGGGAAGGCCUUUAGACACAGUUCAGCCCUUACUGAACAUCAGAGAAUUCAUACUGGAGAGAAACCUUAUGAAUGCAAGGCAUGUGGAAAGGCUUUUAGACAUAGUUCAUCCUUUACAAAACAUCAGAGAAUUCAUACUGGUAAGAAACCCUAUGAAUGUAAGGAAUGUGGGAAUGCCUUUAGUAUGGGCAGGCACCUUACUUGAUAUCAAAGAAGUUAUACUGGUGAGAAGUCUUUUGAAUGAAAGAUGUGUACAAAUGCCUUUUGUUUCUGUGUUUCACUGGAAAGACCUGUGCAUUUAAUAAGAAGUAAUGAAGAGGAUUCAAUCUAUCUUUCUUAUUAAAUCUGUUUCCAGACUCAUAUAUGGCUACUCUACUCAGCAGUAAAACUGCUUAGUCAUAGGUGAUACAUACUUUCAGCUUUGUUAGAUAUUGCCAAAUAUUUCUCCUUUUAUAUCAGUUAACAUUCUGAAUAUCUAUUUAUGUAAGAUGGUCUUUAUUAACCUGUUUCUGAAAUGUGUGGAAAAUGUGUUUCCCUAAUUAUUAAAUAUUUGAGUUAUUUUCAUUUGAGUUUCUUGUGCAGGCAUGUUUUGCUUACAGUUACUUUUGGUGUUUAUGUUUUUUUGUUCUUUUGUCUAUUAUUUUUGGCUUACUGAUUUGUAAUAUUACUCAAAUACAUCUUCUGCAUUCUAAUUUUUUGCUUAUUAUAUAUGACGUACUUUCCUUCUUCCCGAGAGUUAGAACUCCCAGUCAGAUAUUAUGUGGUUUUAAAGUCUUGUGGUGUUUGUGUAGAUUUUUUUUGUUUUGUUUUCUAUUGUUUUUGUUUUAAUGGUAGAUAUAUAAUCUUCUGUCAUCAAAUGGCUGACUUCUAUUUGAAUUUAUUUUGACACGACAGAUCUCCCUAAAUACCUACUGCAACAAAAUUCCUUUAAGGAGCCUUCACCACUAGGCAGUGACAGUCGGGAUCCAAAUGAAAGGAGCACUUUUAAAUAUUUCAUAAAAUUAUCUAACUCAAUCUUAUCAGUCUCUUAAAUUUGUUAACCAUCUUUAAAAGGAGGCAAAAAUCUACAACUAUUGCAACGAUUAUAAACUGGUCACUAAACUUACAUUAAGAGGAUGUAUAACUUUCAUUACCAUGGCUUCAAUUGGGUUUUGUAUCUAUCUAUAAUUUUCCUUCUUAUUCCCUCUCAGUGUUGCCUUACUAGGUUUUGGCAGUUGAACAAUCAACAGACCUUUGAUUUUAGGGAUCUUUCCUGACUCCAAAAAAAGAAAAAAGAAAAGGAGGACAGUCACAGAGAUUAAGGUUGCAAAUCUCAGCUGUCCAUCAUCUCCUUCUUGGAACAGUUGUCCUGGGUAUGCAGUCAAUGUGAUCAUGAGCCACAGGUUAUUAGAUUUUUAUAAGAAAAUUUACCUAUUAUGUUGAGAUUCAUUUAUGUCACCAUCAUCCAUUAGAUUUUAAUUUUUGAAAUAGGUGUCUUUCCCAGAAUUUAUGGAUUCUUUAAACUUUCGUAUGGUCAGCAGUAGCAAUUAAGCCAUUUUGUCAUUGGAAUACACCGAGUUAUGUUUUCUUUAAAUAUUCCUUAGUUCUUAUAAUAUGUAACUAGUAGAUAUUUCAUGUCCUCCACAGAAAAUGAGUCUCUGUUUUUACCCUUAUUAAGAUAUUUGCUAUUUCAUUUCUUUGAAACAUUUCAACUAUAUUUAUUAUAAUUAUUAAUAGUUCACUCUACUGAGCUAUUAUGUGCUUAUACUGUUGAUUUGUUCUUUGAUCCCACUCUGCCUGGUUAUUCUGAGUUACCAUCACUGUUGAUUAGUUUCCCUCUUCUUGGUGUAGUACUCUAGAACUACUUGCCCUACACUUCUUUGUGUGUGUUUUAAUUUUUUGCUUGCUUGAACAAAUGAAAACAAUGAGCCACCUAAAUCUUAUAUACAGACUUAAAAUUAAUAACAGAAAAUAACCACAUGUCUUAGCACUUACUUUUUGAAAUCAUUAAUGAAUAAAUUAAAAACUAAUGAAUUCUUA